AUGGAAUGUUUUUUGGUCAACAGUGACAGUAAAUGUGCUGUCAUCUUCAUCAUCAAUUCCAAUGACUGCAAAAGUAACAAAGAACAAGAAAUGGCCCAAACGGAAAACAUUACGGACAACCCUAUCACGGGACCGUUUAGGGCAACCAAACUGUGGAAUGAGGUGAUUUGUGCAUUUCGACAAAGAGUUCCUGCAGGCCGUCAUCGUCGGUAUAUGAAGACUUACGAGAACUGCUUUUCCGCAGCUGAAGCUGUGGACUGGCUGCAUGAUUACAUAAAGUCCAACUGUAACUUCGCCUCAGAAGUUUCAAGGGGUCAAACAUUGCAGCUUUUACAAAAACUCCACCGUGCUCGAGUGAUAGAGGACGUAAGGGGCCUCAAACACAACCAUCAGGACAUCUGUGACAAUGGAAGGCUGCUCAGAUGUAAAAUUCCCUCCCCUGCAAAGAUUGCCCGAACUCCUCUGAGGAACAGAAACGACAUCAUUAACACUAAUACUGGACAACCACUAGGACCUAUCAAAUUAGACCUGGACCUCCAAUUAGAGCCACGCUCAGAUGUCCCAGAAUGUCACAUUGUUGCCAAGGAAAAGUCUGCUGCAGAAACAGAAAACGUUUGGAAAAAUGUGACACUAGACAAGUUACAACAGGUACUGCAAAUGGAAAAUCUGACAGACAUAUUGGACGGCAAUCUGGUGGUGGGAAGGAACAUCCUCCAUAACUGUGUGUACAUCAACAAGAGCGGAAUUGUCACCAACAUACCACAGAAAGAUCAGUUGCCACACUGGGCCUUGUCUGCCAUGAAAUGUCUGGCUCACUGGCCACACAAAGUGGAUGACCUCCCAAGCUACCCUGGCUUUGAGCGAGAUGUUUUCCGUGUGGUCAAGGAAUAUUUCUGUGGGUUGGAUGAACCACUGAUGACCUAUGAAAUGUACGAGGUCAUCCUGAAUGUUUUCACUGUGGCUGAUGGUUCGUACCAUCUUCAGGCCACCAGUCCAACAUCACCAGAUGCCAUGACCUCAUUUGAGUCUGUAGAAAACCUGCUGCUUGAUCUAACAAACACAGGGAGUGGAUCUUGUGGGGGCCCUUCUGAUGUGGAUCACACCCCUCUCUGCAGAAAGAGGAGUGCCCCUUCAAUAGACCUCUCCCCAAUUCAUCCAAUUUCUGAUGAUGCAAAAAUCACAAACUUUGAGACAGCAUUUGGCCCUGACAACAGAACAGUGACGCGUGUUUAUUACAGGAACGGCGUUGCCAUAGACUACAAUAACAGCGAAGAACCUGAGGUGUUUGCUCCAAUAGCGACCCACUUUGAAAGUUCAGAACCGCUACAAGUGCCAAGAUUAACAGAGUGUCAAACAUACCAGGUGAACUUUGCUCGCGUACGACCUGUAACACGGAGAAAGAGUGAUAGACAAAAUAGUAGGGAUAAGAAAAUUGAAGCCUUUAGAAGGAGGAGUUAUGGCCCUUCCUCUGUAGAUUUAGUGUUGUCACCAAACUGUGGUGAUUGCAAGGUUCAGCAAUCAUCAAGGUCAUAUAAUGGAUUCACACGUCAAUCUCCUGAAGAAGAGGGAGGUGAUUAUGUGCCAACAAAUGUGGGAUUUCCAAGGUCCAAGUCCAGUGUGUCACUGCACACGUGUGCUCAUCAGGAUGUCCCAUCUCAGCCGUUGGCAGGGUACCAAACUUUGAGACACAAGCAGAAAGUUUAUGAGAGUUGCGAGUCACUUCCUGGGCGAAGCCUGAGUUUAUCAGACCUAAUACAUGCUGGGACACUCCUCAAAUCAAAAUUAAAGAAGUGUAACACGGCUACAGAGCUGUGUGAAGAAGACAGAGAAGAGCGUACUAAGGAUGCCCUACAGCUCGUCUGUCUGUUGCUGCCCCCUGCCAGCAGAAGAAAGCUCCAUCUACUGCUCAAACUAAUGAGUCGGAUGUCGGAUAAUCCACAGAUUGAGUUGGAUGCCUGUCAGACCACCAGAACUCGGGUCUUAGAGACGUUAGCUCCUUGUAUACUGAGUUGCCAUGACGACUCUGACCGGGAGGACUUGCUGGUGAUGCAGAUUGUGUCCUUCCUCGUGGAUCACUACAGCCAAAUCCUGUCCGUUCCCACGGAUCUGACGACUGCCGUGAAUGAUCAACUCACCGCUAACACCAAGGCUCAGGUGACAUACUCCAGUGAUGCUGUUGGUCUGACUUAUUGUCAUCAGGUGUCUAAAUCAGAGUAUGAGACUCAACGACUCAGUAACUCGCAGCGAGCCCUGAGGGAUCUCUUGGACGAGAUUAUCAAUGACAGAACCAUGUCAUACAAAGACAAGAAAAAGAGACUCAAAAUUUUCCAGAAAACAUACCCAGACAUUUAUGCUGAAAGGUUUCAGCUCAGUAACUCCAAAACCACUGACCCAUUGAACUCAAAACCAGGACAAUCAAAACCGGUGAUGUCACAGAACCGUAAAGUAGGACACACCAAACCUGUGAUGUCACAAGACCCAAAGGCAGCACUGCCACCCAAACCUAAACUGAAGCAACCACUGCUGAUUGCUGGAAGCCACAUUGGUGUGUAUGAAGCUUACUACAAACAGUCAGAUCCCAACAAUUCAGGAAGUAUCGGAGCUCUCGAUGCGGCAAACUUCCUCAAAAAGUCCUCGUUACAGGACACAGUUCUCUCUCAGAUAUGGGAUCUGUCUGACCCCACAGGAAAAGGUUACUUGGAGAAAACAGGGUUCUAUGUGGCCCUGAAGUUGGUGGCUCUCGCUCAGAACAACAUGGAGGUCAGCAUAUCAAAACUGACGGAAAUGACAGCAGCUCCGAACUUGGGUCCAAUGGAGAGGAAAACAGACUCCCCCACCCCCUCUCCACAGGCUGUGAAUGUUCCUUGGGUCAUCACAGAUGCUGAGAAGACAAAGUAUGACCCAGUUUAUAACAGCCUCAGUCCCAUUAAUAACCGACUGUCCGGCGACAAGGUUAAACCGAUGCUGAUAAACUCCAAGCUUCCUAUUGAGGUCCUCGGUAAAAUCUGGGACCUGAGUGACAUUGACAAAGAUGGCUUUCUGGACAAAGAUGAAUUCUAUGUAUGCAUGCAUUUGGUUUACAAGGCCCUGGACAAGAAUCCUGUGCCCCAGACCCUGCCCCCACAGCUGGUACCACCCUCUAAGCGCACAAAGACUGGCCCGGUCAUCGGGGGAGUCCAGGUCCUGCCAUCAAUUGGAGCCAGGGAUUCACCAGUCCAGCGGUCAGACUCCCCAGCAAUGACCUUGCAGUGGGUAGUGAAUCCUGUGGAUAAGAUGAAGUAUAACCAAAUGUUUAAGACGGUCGACACUGACUUGGACGGCUUGGUAUCAGGGGAGGAGAUCCGCCCCAUACUUAUUCAGAGUGGUCUCCCCAACACAACUCUUGCCCACAUCUGGACUUUAUGUGACACAAACAAUGUAGGGAAGAUAAACUCAGAGCAGUUUGCCCUGGCCAUGUACCUUGUACAGCAGAAACUGAAGGGGAUUGAUCCCCCCGCCAGCCUCACACCGGAGAUGAUGCCACCCUCCAUGCGGCCCAAGGGGAGCACAGACACCACUCAGUUUGGAGUCACGGAUGGGGUGAACGCAGGCCCGUAUGGACACGUGGCGGAUUCUUCAGCCAUUAAAGAACUGGACAUCAUCACUAAAGAAAUUGAAGACAUGAAAAGGGAGAAGUUGCAUUUGGAGAGAGAUAAUGCUCAGACUGAGGCGGACAUGAAGAUCUGUAACGGUGAAGUAGUCAUGUUACAGAAGGAACUGGACGCCAUCACAGCCACACUACAACAGCUUGAGAACCAGAAAGAGCAGGCACAGAAAUGUUUGGAUGAGCUUGAUGAAAAGAAAUCCAGCUUGGAGAGUAAUGUUCGAGAUCUGAAUGAGAAAUGUGAGGUGGAACUGAAGAGUAUCGAGGAGUUGCGGUCUCAGAUCAACAACAGGGAGCAGUCGGUGCAGAACCAAGAGAAAGAGCUUGAGAGAUUAAGAAUGGAACUGAGUUCUCUAAGGGAGGAAGAAUCAAAGAUGGAACAGCAGGUGGAGGGUGGAAAGCAACAGCUGGAAUUGCUGGUCAAAUCACAGGGCGACCUUCAGCUUCAGAUAUCACAGAGUCGUCAGAGAGUACAGCAUUUAAAUGACCAGGAGAGAGGACUAAAGCACAGUGUGGCCAGUCAUAGCAGUGUAAACAGUGAGGUGUCCGGCAUAUUCUCUAACCAACUGCAGGAUGAUCUCAGCACUAGGGCAACUCUUGGCAGCCCAGUCAGUACCAUCAGCAACUUCAGCAUGGGGUCAACGCUUGACGACUUUAAGGAGGACCCGUUUAAGAGUAAAGACGUGUUUGGGGGUGAUUCCAGCGGUGGUGGGUCUGAUCCAUUCCAGAAUGAUGACCCAUUUAAAGAAGAUGGUGAUCCAUUUAAAUCAUCUUUUGGAUCCGACCCUUUUGCUGCAGAUGAUCCAUUUAAAUCCUCUGAGACUUUUGACAGUCCAUCUAAAAAGUCUGGAAAAGUGGAUCCUUUCAGCAGCAUGGAUGCGUUUGCGUCGUUCGGAGGCACAGGUGGUUCUAAAAUGGAUGCAUUCGAUCCGUUUGGAAAGGAUGGAUCCGACCCCAAACCCAAUAAACCUGACAGUUUAUUUGGGAGUGACCCUUUUGCACCAAAAUCACCCUCACGACCCACUUUGGGUCCAAAGUCCCCAGUCCCAGCCUUACCACCUAAACAGAAGAAACAACCUCCCCCUAGACCAGCCCCUCCCAAGAACAGGCCCACCCCCAGCCCUAGCCAACAGCUCGGCGGAUUUGACAGCGAUCCCUUUGCAGGGAGUGAUCCUUUUGCCAGCUCCACAGGAAAUGAUGCUGUUGCCACUAAUGAUACUUUUGCUAACUUUGCCGAUUUUAGUCCAAGCAAGUUUGAUGAUAAGGGAGCUUGGGGCUGAGACUUCAACAGAAGAUAACAGGAGUGUAUUCACAAAGAAAAGGGGGUGUGGUUUUGUGUAUUUUAUCUGUGACAUCACAACAAACAUCACACAUUUUUGUGGUUUUAAUCAAUCUGCUGAUGCGGACUCAGUCAUCUACAUGUUUAGACAGGUGCUUUGGAGCGUUAGACAAAGUUCUUGGUUCACAGAUAUGUGAGGAAGGAGUGUGUGGGAAGAAUUUGAUAGGAACAUUCCAUGAAGAUGGGUGCCCUGCUGAUAAUAUUGACCAAUGUGUAUGUAACAAUGCAACAACCUUGUGUAUCAACAGUAUAGAAAAACAAGUGCAAUAUUUUAGUGAUUUAUUGAGUGAUAUUUAUUGUAGGGGUACGAUUAGUGUAGAACUCGUGUAUGUAUUGAUGGAUUCUGCCACACUGGUUGAUGGUGCCGAAUUUCAUUUUACACCAGUCAUAAGUCUUGGUCAUGUGCAAUCCAAAUUAUUUUGUCAGUUCAUGAAUUUAGAAUUUUUAGUUCACGAUAUAUUGUAUAUAAUGUUAUUAUUGUAAAUAAAUUGUGCCAACUAUUGAGCAA